CAAGAUGCCAUAACCAUAGAAUUAGGGAGACAAAAAUAGUACAUAAAAGCAUCACAGGAGAGAAGAAGAAGAAGAAGAAGAAGAAAGAAGAAAGAAGAAAGAAGAAAAGCAGUUGUUUUUUUGUUUCUUUUGAUGUUCAACUUGGGAACAAUGGUAGGCCACUGGGGUUGGGGUGUGAUGGAAGAUGAAGUUUGGAGGAAAGGGCCAUGGACUGCUGAGGAAGACAAAUUGCUCACAGAAUAUGUCAGAAUAUAUGGUGAAGGAAGAUGGAACUCUGUGGCUAGGCUUGCAGGUUUGAAGAGAAAUGGGAAGAGUUGCAGACUGAGAUGGGUGAAUUAUCUGAGGCCUGAUUUGAAGAGAGGCCAAAUAACCCCACAUGAAGAGACUAUAAUUCUUCAGCUUCAUGCUAGGUGGGGCAACAGGUGGUCGACGAUUGCUCGAAGCCUGCCGGGGCGAACGGACAACGAAAUAAAGAACUACUGGAGGACCCAUUUCAAGAAAAAGGCAAAAGACCCUUGUGAUGUCAAUGGAAAGGCCAAAAGUCGGCUGCUCAGAAGGCAGCAAUUUCAUCAGCAACAACUGCAGCAGCAGCAGCAGUUUAAUGCACUGGAAACGAGCAAAUUCAAGGCUGUGUUGGAAGAACAUGACAACAACAAAGAAGCAUCAACUUCAUCCUCUGCCUCAGAGGCAGAGAUAAUGAAGCCAGAACUCACGAAUUUCCACUCCCAAGCAAGUGAUCAGUAUGAAGAGAGCCUGGUCUCAGAGCUCAACAGCCAUGGAUUUCUGCUGCCAGAGGUGUUGAGUGAUGGCUUCCUCUGGGAUGGGCUGUGGAGCUUGGAAGAUGUCUAUGGCAAUGGCCAAGCUCGUGGAACAAGAGUGAGCAUGAGCAAUCUGGUUGCUCCCUUUUGGUAGAACUUUUUCUUUUGUUUUCUUCUUCUGAGUUGGUUUUGAAUUUUACAAGAAGAGGAUUUUGAGCCAGAGCUUUGAAAACCAUGGCUUUGGAGUUCAAUAAUGAAAUGGAGAAUGAUGGAAGUUUGAAAAGUUGAUGUUCUUUAUCGAACAAGUCGAGUCAUCAUUAUUGACUGUUGUGUUUUUGGAUGAUCAAGUUUUUAAUGCUUGAAUCUGUAGCCUUCAAUUACAACACAAGAAAUAAUAAUAUGAUUAUUGAUUA